AUGGGAUUCAUGGAACGCUACGUCGGAGUGGAUAUUCCUGCAAAGAUUGGAGGCCGUGUGAAGCUUUCGGAGAGGUACAAGGCUCUUUUCAGCAAGACACCUGGAGGCAAGAAUUUGCACAUCGGCAGGAUUUUCUACGAGCCCCAGACAGACUGUUCAGGUGAAGGAGAGGGAUCCAUCGUUGAGAUCUGGGAUGAUGGAGCAUGGAUUCGGGUGAAGUGGGACGUGACAGGGGAGACUGGAUGCUAUUGGAUCGCAAGCAUGUGGACCUGCCUUCCUCAUGACACAGGGGGUCACAACGAAGGCCGCCAUGGCUGCUCGCCGCUCGUGAGUCUCGAUGCUGAGUGA